AUGGGUAGGCGCUGUGUAGGGAGAGUAGGGACAGACCGCCAGAUCACACCCUGGUUGUAUAACCAAAUCAUCAUCACUACCAACACCAUUGGCGGUUACAACAACGCAAUCGCCAUUACCAACAACACCAUCACAUCUUAUAACAAUACCAUCGCAAUUAACAACAUCACCAUCACAUCUCAUAACAACACCAUCGCCAUAAACAACAUCACCAUCACAUCUCAUAACAAUACCAUCACAUCUCAUAACAAUACCAUCGCCAUUAACAACAAUACCAUCACAUCUUAUAACAAUACCAUCGCCAUUAACAACAUCACCAUCACAUGUCAUAACAAUACCAUCGCCAUUAACAACAUCACAUCUUAUAACAAUGCCAUCGCCAUUAACAACAUCACCAUCACAUCUCAUAACAACACCAUCGCCAUAAACAACAUCACCAUCACAUCUCAUAACAACACCAUCGCAUCUCAUAACAAUACCAUCGCCAUUAACAACAUCACCAUCACAUCUCAUAACAAUACCAUCGCCAUUAACAACAUCACCAUCACAUCUUAUAACAAUGCCAUCGCCAUUAACAACAUCACCAUCACAUCUUAUAACAAUACCAUCGCCAUUAACAACACCAUCACAUCUCAUAACAAUACCAUCGCCAUUAACAACAUCACCAUCACAUCUUACAACAUCACCAUCACAUCUCAUAACAACACCAUCGCCAUUACCAACAUCACCAUCACAUCUUACAACAUCACCAUCACAUCUGAUAACAAUACCAUCGCCAUAAACAACAUCACCAUCACAUCUUAUAACAAUACCAUCGCCAUUAACAACAUCACCAUCACAUCUCAUAACAAUACCAUCGCCAUAAACAACAUCACCAUCACAUCUCAUAACAAUACCAUCGCCAUUAACAACAUCACCAUCACAUCUCAUAACAAUACCAUCGCCAUAAACAACAUCACCAUCACAUCUCAUAACAAUACCAUCGCCAUUAACAACAUCACCAUCACAUCUUACAACAUCACCAUCGCCAUAAACAACAACACCAUUACAUCUCAUAACAAUGGCAUCGCCAUUAACAACAUCACCAUCACAUCUGAUAACAAUACCAUCACAUCUCAUAACAAUGGCAUCGCCAUUACCAACAACACCAUCACAUCUUAUAACAAUACCAUCGCCAUUAACAACAUCACCAUCACAUCUCAUAACAACACCAUCUCCAUAAACAACAUCACCAUCACAUCUCAUAACAACGCCAUCGCCAUUAACAACAUCACAUCUCAUAACAAUACCAUCGCCAUUAACAACAUCACCAUCACAUCUCAUAACAACGCCAUCGCCAUUAACAACAUCACAUCUCAUAACAAUACCAUCGCCAUAAACAACAACACCAUCACAUCUCAUAACAAUACCAUCGCCAUUACCAACAACACCAUCACAUCUUACAACAAUACCAUCGCCAUUACCAACAACACCAUCACAUCUCAUAACAAUACCAUCGCCAUUACCAACAACACCAUCACAUCUCAUAACAACACCAUCGCCAUUAACAACAUCACCAUCACAUCUCAUAACAACGUCAUCGCCAUAAACAACAUCACCAUCACAUCUCAUAACAACACCAUCACAUCUUAUAACAAUACCAUCGCCAUAAACAACAACACCAUCACAUCUCAUAACAAUACCAUCGCCAUUAACAACAACACCAUCACAUCUCAUAACAAUACCAUCGCCAUAAACACCAUCACAUCUUAUAACAACACCAUCACAUCUCACAACAAUGCCAUCGCCAUUAACAACAUCACUAUCACAUCUCAUAACAAUACCAUCGCCAUAAACAACAUCACCAUCACAUCUCAUAACAAUACCAUCGCCAUUAACAACAUCACCAUCACAUCUCAUAACAAUACCAUCGCCAUUAACAACAUCACCAUCACAUCUCAUAACAAUGCCAUCGCCAUUAACAACAUCACCAUCACAUCUCAUAACAAUACCAUCACAUCUCAUAACAAUACCAUCGCCAUAACAACAUCACCACCACAUCUCAUAACAAUACCAUCGCCAUAA